AUGACGACGGACGAUCAACAACACCACGGCUCCACGAGCCAGGGAGACAAUCCCACGAUACAACAACUCUUGGAAACGAUUCGGAAGAUGCAGGACGACAUGAGUUCUCAACAAGAAGCUUGGAGGACUGAGAGAGAAACAUUACAGAGGGAACUCACGACAGCUCGAUCCAAAUCCAACCCCACGGCAAGAGGAGUGUUGGACACCAUGGCCAGACGUCUGAAUAUGGACGACGAAGAAGAAGAGCAAUAUGACGAAGAAAUCGAGGUGGAACACCCAGAACAAGGGGGUCCUGAAGUUAACGACAAUGGCAAUGGUGGAGGCCCGAAUAAUGACGGUGGUGGUCCAGAGAAGCAGGAUAGAAACAACGGACAUAACAAGGGAGACAGAAAGAAGAAGAAGAAAGGAAGCAAGUCCACAAGGUCACAUAGCCAUGACACGAUGCGCAAGGAGUUACAGGCCCUGAAGGAAAUGGUUCAACGCAUCCCCGGAGUACCAAAACCACUUGAAAAGGCUGCACCCAUGAGCUAUGCGGACUCCCCUUUCUCUGACAACAUUGCUCUGGUGGAGAUGCCAAAACGCUUUGCAGUACCGGCCAUGAAAACCUAUGACGGGACGACAGACCCACAAGAGCAUGUGGCACAAUACAAACAACGAAUGUUCACGGUGUCGAUUACAAAGGAGCUGAGGGAACCGUGCAUGUGCAAGGGUUUUGGCUCAACGCUGACUGGCCCAGCACUACAAUGGUAUGUGAGCCUCCCAAAUGGGAGCAUUGAGACGUUCGCCGACCUGGUUGAUGCCUUCAACCUACAAUUUGCAAGCAGCAGAGUGUUUGAAAAAACUACAAGUGAUCUCUACAAGAUAGUUCAGGGGUUCAGGGAGCCAUUGAGAGAUUAUCUGACGAGGUUCAACCGUGAGAAGGUGACUAUCACAAACUGUGACACACCCACGGCAAUUGAGGCAUUCAGGAGGGGACUGGAAAAGGACUCACCCUUAUACGACGAGCUCACCAAAUAUCCUUGUAAAACCCUAGAUGACGUCCAGGCAAAGGCGAUGGCUCAGGUGCGCCUUGAAGAGGACAAAAAGGAACGUGACGACAAGUAUUAUCGUCCAAAUCGUAAGAUCAUGACCACAAGAGACAGGGAUUACAAACCAUAUACUAGAGACUCUAGAAGCUCAAGGGAGGAGACACGUGUGAACUCGACACAAGAGUAUGCGGACUGGAGAAAGGACCCAAAUCUUCCCCCCACCUACGACAGCUAUGGCUUCACAAUUACACCCGCCGCCAUGAUGAGGGAAUUUACAAAGAUGGGAGACGUGAUAAAAUGGCCGGUGAAAAGCAAUAAACCUAAGGCAAACCCAGAGUCCAAGUUGUGGUGCGACUUUCACGGCGACUAUGGUCACAAGGCGUCUGACUGCGUGGCACUGAGGAGAGAAAUUCAAUACCUCGUGAAAAAAGGAUAUUUGACGGAAUUCAUGACGGGAAAGUCAGUGGCCAAGACACCGGAAAAACUACCACCACCACCACCUUAUCAGAAGGUCGUAAACUUCAUAGCAGGUGGCUCGGAGGUGUGUGGAGCAACCUACUCACAAGCAAAGCGCAUAGCGAGACGCAAAGGGAAGCAGGUCAAUGUGUUGGACGCAAGAGAAGACGACAUGACAGAAUUGGUUUUCAAUUGGUCAGACAGGAAGACCGUACAAGAACCCCAACAGGAUGGCCUAGUUAUCUCACUUCAGAUAGGGAAUUGUCUAAUCAAGAGGGUGAUGGUUGACAACGGUAGCGCAGCAAACAUAAUGACUAGAAACACACUUCAGGAGAUGGGUUUGGCUGAUAGUGACAUGAUCAAGCAGUCCACGACGCUCGUGGGAUUCAGUGGCGAAACGAAGAGGACAAUGGGAGAGAUUACGUUACCAACUUAUGCACAAGGACUCAACAUGUUAACAAAAUUCCUCAUAAUAGACUGCGAGAUUACAUACAACGUGAUAAUGGGCAGGCCAUGGAUCCACGAUUUAAAAGCAGUACCGUCAACAUUUCACCAAGUCAUCAAGUUUCCAACACCGUGGGGGGUUCAGCAAAUUCGAGGGGAACAGUCCACAGCAAGGGAGUGCUACAAGACCUGUAUGAAGCCAACCACCCAACAUGAACCUCAAUUAACACCAACACCCGUGAUGACGGGUCCAGAAAAACUGGCUGAAGUAAACUUAGACACAGGGGACAAAAAAGUGCUAGUGGGGGAGGACCUGUCGCCUAAUGUGGAAGCAAACUUGGUGGAAUUCUUGACGACUCGGUUGGACGCCUUUGCAUGGGAACAUGAAGAUAUCACGGGUAUCAGUGCAGAUGUGAUCACCCACAAGCUGAAUGUCGACCCAAACCACAAGCCAGUGCAACAAAGAAGAAGGAAAUUUGCAGCAGAGAGAAAUAAAAUAAUCAACGAGGAGGUCUCACGACUACUCAAAGCAGGAAUGAUCAAAGAAGUGGACUACCCUGAAUGGCUGGCUAAUGUUGUCAUAGUACAGAAGAAGAAUGGGAAAUGGAGAGUUUGUGUCGACUACACGGACCUGAACAAAGCCUGUCCUAAAGACCCCUUCCCUCUCCCACACAUCGACACCAUGGUGGACUCUACGGCAGGACAUGAACUGCUAACCUUCCUAGACGCCUCAAGUGGCUUCAACCAGAUACAAAUGGACCCGUCAGAUGCUGAGAAGACAGCCUUUGUGACUGAGAGAGGAAUCUAUUGCUACUUGGCCAUGCCAUUUGGCCUGAGAAAUGCAAGUGCAACGUUCCAAAGGCUCGUCAACAAAAUGUUUAAGGACCAGAUAGGAAGGACGAUGGAAGUUUAUAUUGAUGACAUGGUGGUGAAGUCCCUCAAUGCGGAAGAUCAUGUCAGACACCUCGAGGAAGUGUUCGAUGUCUUACGACAAUACAACAUGAAGCUUAAUCCGUCAAAGUGCAAUUUUGCCGUUUCGUCAGGAAAAUUUCUGGGCCACAUGGUAACAAGGAGGGGUAUAGAGGCGAGUCCAGAGCAGAUUAAGGCAAUUCACGACCUGACAAGUCCUAGCAACAUGAAAGAUGUUCAGAAGUUGACGGGAAGGGUGGCCGCACUGAACAGAUUCAUAUCACGAUCUUCUGACAGGUGCAAACUGUUUUACAAUGUGCUACGCAAGAACAAGGGCUUCAACUGGACGGAAGAUCACGAAGCAGCUCUCUCAGAACUAAAACAGUACUUGUCAUCACCACCACUCCUUGCAAAGCCGACAUUUGGUGAGGACCUUUAUGUCUACCUCUCUGUCACAAGCCAUGCAGUCAGCAGUGUCCUCGUGAAAGAAGUUGAGGGAACACAAUCGCCAGUAUACUACGUGAGCAGGAGCCUGGUUGAAGCUGAAACCAGGUACACGCCUCUUGAAAAGCUAGUUCUUGCACUCACAAUGACAUCUACAAAGUUACGACAUUAUUUUGAGACUCAUAAAAUACAUGUCUUGACGAAUUUUCCUUUAAGGACGGUCUUGAGCAAACCAGAGUUGACAGGACGAAUGGCGAAAUGGGCAAUUCAACUCAGCACCUAUGACAUAGUCUAUGAACCCAGAACGGCCAUCAAAUCUCAGGCCUUGGCGGAUUUUGUGGCUGAUUUCAGCCCAAACCAGAUGACUCAGGCUGAAGAAGAAUUCCGACGCGUCACAGCGUGCCCAGACCCUCUGCCAUGGACACUAUACACUGACGGGGCCUCUAACAUGAACGGAGCAGGACUUGGUCUUGUGCUGAAAUCGCCACAAGGGGACAACAUGGCAUACUCAAUAUGCUGCGAGUUUAAAGCAACAAACAACGAGGCUGAGUACGAGGCACUGAUCAUGGGCUUGACGACUGCAAAGGACAUGAAGGUCAAAAAUAUUGAUGUAUAUUGCGACUCUCUCCUAAUUGUUAAUCACGUAAAUGGUUCUUAUGAAGCAAAAGAUCAAAAAAUGCUCACAUAUCUUGACAUAGUGAAAAAUUUACAGCUGUCGUUUGACACCUUCAACAUUCAACAGGUUCCAAGGGAACACAACACGGAGGCCGAUGCACUGGCAGGCUUAGGAGCUGUACUCAAAAACACUGGUAUAACAUCCAUCCCCAUAAUACAUAUCAUGCAACCUGCAAAUCUUAGACUACAAGAACAAUUUGCUUUAUGCACUGACACCAUGCAAACAGAUGACAGCACUGAGGACUGGAGACAAGUCUUCAUAGACUACCUACAACACGGCACACUGCCAAACAACUCCAGUGAUGCACGAGUCCUACGGAUGAAAGUCUCACGGUUCACCCUGAUUGACGGAGUUCUGUUCAAAAAAUCUGCCACAGGACUACUACAAAGAUGUCUUGGCAGAGAGGAGGUCGACAUGACAUUGCGUGAUCUUCAUGAAGGAGAAUGCGGAAACCACGCCGGAGGGAGAAGCUUAGCCAUCAAGGCAUUACGAAUGGGCUACUAUUGGCCCACGAUGAGGGAAGAUGCAGUUGUCUUCGCACAGAAGUGCGACGCCUGUCAACGCCAUGCACCAGUGAUCCACCAACCCUCAGAAUUUUUGCAUGUAACGACACCUUCGUGGCCAUUCAUGAGAUGGGGCAUGGACAUAGUCGGCAAAAUGCCCCCAGCACCAGGUCAAAAAGUCUACAUGCUGGCCAUGACAGACUACUUCUCCAAGUGGAUUGAAGCAGAGGCGUUCAAGCAAGUGACAUCUAAGGAAGUUAUCGGGUUCAUCAAGAAAAACAUACUGUGCAGAUUCGGCAUCCCUUCAGAAAUUGUUUGUGACAAUGGAUCUCAAUUUAUAAGUGAGAAGACGGAAUCCUUUUGCAAGAAGUACAACAUCAAUUUGAUAAAGUCUACUCCAAGGUACCCCCAAGCCAACGGCCAAGCAGAAUCUAGUAACAAAAUUAUCAUCAAUAACUUGAAGAAGAGGUUGACGUCCCACAAAGGCAAAUGGGCAGAGGAACUACCAUGGGUCCUAUGGUCAGACAGGACAACACCUAAGACAUCAACUGGACAGACACCAUUCAGUCUAGUUUACGGAGCAGAGGCAGUACUCCCCACAGAAGUUCUCACCCCUACUGCAAGAUAUGGACUACUCACUCCCACAACAAACCAACUCGAGAUGGCACACGACAUUGACACUGUAGACGAGUUGAGACAGACGGCAAAGAUAAGGAUGGCAUCCUAUCAACAGAAGGUGGCCAGGAGCUACAACAAACACGUUCACGUGCGACUAUUUCGAGUAGGUGACAUGGUGUUAAGAAAGACCUUCCAGAACACAACGGACCCCGCCGCAGGGAAGUUUGCUGACACCUGGGAAGGACCUUAUCUCAUAGACGCAGUGGUUGGCAAAGGUGCCUAUCAAUUGUCAACCCUGGACGGCAAGCAGGUCCCCAGAACUUGGAACGCACUUCACUUGAAGUUUUAUCAUGUUUGA